UAUCUACGGUGGCCGAGUAGGUGCUAAAGCUAAAAAAGGCAACUUAGCUCCACUGUGUGCGUGCGUAAGUGAGUAUGGCAGUGUCGGCGGUGUGCGCCGCCAAAGAGUAGCCACACAAGCAGAGAAGCUUCUCUCACACUUUGUAUCCGGCGAGCGCCAGGUUUGCAGGUUUUAACUAUAUAAGACAAUCGUAAAAUAAGUUAAUUAAAAGGAAGAAUGUGUAAAGGCGACACCGGGACAUCGACCCGUCCGAACUGACUGAGUGAGCGGCUAACGAAACGACGGGGACGGUCUGUGAUCGCCCACCGGUUGAUCCACAAGUUGCAUUCCCCAGAUCUCCAUGGAUUCAGAGCAGUACAAGGUAGAACCUCACUACAUGGACGGCCACCACUGGCACGUCAUGCCCAAAGCAGUAGACUCGGACCCCAGGGGACGAGACGGGGACGGCUGGAGGCUCCUGGAAGUGUCGCUUUCUGGAGGCGCGCCGUGGGGCUUCACGCUUCGCGGUGGGCUGGAACAUCGCGAACCCCUGCUCAUCACCAAGGUGGAGGAGUCCAGCAAGGCGGCAGCUGUGGGCCUGCAGGCGGGAGAUGAGCUUGUCAACAUUAACGAGAUUCCCUUGAGCGGCUUCAGGCAGGAGGCAAUCUGCUUGGUGAAAGGCUCCCACCGGACACUCAGCCUCAUGGUGAAAAGACGCAAUGAGCCCAUAAGCAGGCCGCACUCCUGGCACUCCACUAAGUUCAACGAAGGGCAAUCCGAGUCGGCCAAAACGCAGCCUUCUCCAAACUCGGCCGUUGCGUGGCGCACCACGUACGAUGCCAGCUCAUCGUCCACUGACCUGUCCACCAGUUGGGAGCAAACCAACCUCUGCAGGGUCUCGGACCAUUUCAGCUCUCUGGGCAGCAUGGACAGCCUAGAGCACGUCCCCCACCCGUACCCGGCCGGUCAGCUGUCCCCCGCUAAGUCCAACAACAGCAUGGAGCACCUCGGCGGCAAACGAGACUCCGCCUACAGCUCCUUCUCCACCAGCUCGGGCACGCCGGAUUUCACGCUGUCAAAGAGCAACGCUGCCUCCACUGAGAACGUGCUGUACAAAGUCAGCCAGUGGGAUUCCGGAGGACGGCCCGUCAACGGCAGGAUGGGCCAAGGUUUAGCGGAGGGCGUCAAACAGGACGACAGGCUGACGUACUUUCAGAUGCCGGGAGGCUGCGACGGCCCGCAAUGUGACGACCAGGCCGGCUCCCGCCACUCCACUUCUAGUCGAAUGAACUGCGGACCCGUCUGGCAUGUUCCGGAGAAAAAGAAAAGCUCCUCCCCCUCUCCGCCGCCGCCGCUCCCGCCGGCACGCAGCGACAGUUUUGCCGCCACCAAGGAACGAGGCCUCGCGGCUCAUCCCGACCCGCCCAAUUCGCGAACCCCGGGGAAACCUGAAGAUCGGAGUGGUCACAACCAGUCCCCGAAACAGGACAGGGCUAGUUUUUACUCUCACGCCCAGUUCAGCUCGAACAAGCAGCACUCCCUCUCCAGCUGUGAUGUCCGGCAAGGUCAUCCCAGACAUCCCAGCGACAAAAGCACUUUCCCCGCUCAGCCGUGGCCCGCCACGGCUCCCAAACCACUAAAUGUCGGAGGCUACUUCUCCAGCAUGCAGGAGCUGACCACUAACGGUUCCGCUCAACCCGCCGGCCAGAACACCAGGAGGAAUUUAAGCACAACGCAAGCAAUUGACCCAGACGCUGAGAGCAACGGGCAGACCCGAUACUACUGUGCCUCCAAAGGCCAGCCUGCGACGGGACAAAUCGAUGACAGACAAAGUUUUUCCGGGCUCGGCUUAACCCAGACAGAGCAGAACUCCAUCGUCCCCAAAGCUAAAUAUCAACUUCCUCCACAACAGCAGUACCCCUCAAAUGGUAGAAAAACAAACGGAUACAGCAAAAACCAACACGUCCCCCCUGCUGUGGAAGCCGUCGAGCCCAGGGGCCUCAGGGGUCAAAGUUCACAAAACGAAGAGGUUCUGUACUCCAUUACUCCGAUCAGACUGUCCAACCAACGGCGAUCUCUUCCUCUGCAGCACAGAGAACCCCCGGGCCAAGAGACGAGACAGCGCAGCCAGGCCACCGACAGAAUCUGCCCCCAGGCCACGCCCAUUCUCCAUUCCUUGUCUCUGGACGCCAAGGACGAGACCUCAAAAGGCGGCGGCGGCCCGGAGGAGACGUCCGAGUCCAAGCAGAUCCGCCGCAACGAGCGCUUCGCCACCACCUUGAAGAACGAGAUUCAGAUGAGAAGAGUACAGCUGCAGAAGAGUAAGAGCGCCGCCGCUCUGCCCGACCGGAACCAAGACGAGCAGGACGUGUGGAAGUCCGAUCAGAGCGCCGCCCCGGCUUUGUCGGAGAGCCCCUUCACCAACACGUACAAGGAUAACUUGAAGGAAGCGCAAGCGCGCGUGCUGAAGGCUACUUCCUUCAGAAGGAAAGAUCUGGAGCCCGUGUUGGCGGAGCACCCGUCAGGGGAAGCCGUACCAAAUUAUCCAUCCUCGGCCGUGGCCAGGAAAGAUCUCACUCCUCUUCCGACACUGUCAGAAGCCGGGAGCGGUAAAUCCGCACCUUUGCGCAUCGGUGGACGAAAGCGCUUCGCAGCAGAGAAGAAGGUCAAGUCCUUCUCUGAACCAGACAAAAUCCACCACGUUGGCGUGAAAGAAGAAGAAAGCUCCUGCCCGGACCAACAGAACGGGAAAUCCACCGCUCCCGCUCACGCCUCCGCCGACACGGAGAAUUCCAGUGACUCCGCUGAAGCGGCGCCGAAGCAAAGCGGCGGGGACGACCGCCCGGGCGGUCCAACGUACUCCGCCCUGGACCAGCAACGACUCGGCACCUUUGCAGAAUACGAGGCCAGGUGGAACACCCAGAAGAAACCUGGCGAAACCCGAGCGUCCGGACGAUUCCGCUCGGCCGACAACAUUCUCAAUCCGAGCUCGGAGGAGAGGGUCAAACCCGACUGUUUCCACGAGCGGUCCCGAUCUUCACCCUCGGCCGACUUCUACGGACAGACUACUCGUGUCCCCGCAAUCUCGCCGCAGAAGGAAUAUUCCCAGAUGGAGGAUAAACCUGCCGGGUCACUCGGCUCUGCCUCAAGCUGCCCGGAGGACUGCAAAGAGAAGCCUGGCGAGUGCGAGCAAGCUCCUCCCGUGACCGAGCGCAGAGCUUCCACGAGCGCAGCUGCCGCCGUCAACCACAAAGCAGCCGAGUCCGGCCGCUCUCAGGUCACGCCCGGAUGCCCUGACCUCGACCCAGACGCGGCCCAAAGUCACACCCCGAACUGCGAGGCUAAAAAGACAGACGACGAGGCGCGAGUUGGCGCAGUUGCGCGUCACGCUCCCUCCUGCAGGACGCCGGUCGCCAUGGAGCCACGCCGCUCUCCUUCCCCGCAGUUUUCCCCGCAGAGACUCAGCGACAAGCCGCCCGUCUCGCUGCAGGACCAAGACUCCAACGGGGCGGAAAACGGGACGGAAAAGCCAAGCAGCGCGGUGAAAAAAGUGCCCGUCAGGAUCGUGUGCUCCGAGGGAAUGCUGGAAAUGAAGAGCGGGAGGACUUUUCCGCGACCCGACGAGGCGCCUGUGGCCCAAACGGGAGGUCCUGACAUGAGCAAGCUCGGCACCUUAGGAACCGGCGGACAGGACUCCGUCUUCUCCACUUUCACUCGGCAGAAAGAGCUCAAUGAACCCGGCGUGACUUCGAACGAGCCCGAACGGGACGCCGCCCCGGGAAUUUUGGAGGAGCAGAAGCGGGAGGAGCUGGCCCGCGACAUCAUGGACAAGGACAAAUCGCUGGCUGAUAUCCUGGACCAGAGCAAGAUGAAGACCACCAUGGACCUGAUGGAGGGCCUCUUCCCCCAGGGCGAGCAGCUGCUGGAAGGAGCUCACCAACGCAGGAAAGCACCGACCAAGCCCACGAACGUCGCCUGGCCGGCUGAGGAAAGGGAGAAGGAGGACAACAUGGCGGCGGUCGCCAUGGUGACCAGCUCUGCGUAUUACAGCACGUCGGCCCCCAAAGCUGAGCUUCUCAUCAAGAUGAAAGACAUGCAGGAGCAGAACGAAGAAUAUGAGGACUCGGAGGACGAGCUGGACAUGGAUCUGGCUAACAAGAAGCAAGAGCUGAUGGACAGCCUGAGCAAGAAGCUUCAAGUUCUACGCGAGGCCCGCCAGAGCCUGCAGGAGGACGUGCUCGACAACAACGCGCUGGGAGAGGAAGUGGAGGCCCGAGUCCAGCAGGUCUGCAAGCCCAACGAGCUGGACAAAUUCCGAAUGUUCGUGGGCGACCUGGACAAGGUGGUGAGCUUGCUGCUGUCACUGUCGGGCCGCCUUGCCCGGGUGGAGAACGCCCUCAAUAGCCUGGACGAGGACGCCACGCCCGAGGAGCGGCGCACGCUAACAGAGAAACGCAAGCUGCUCAUUCGGCAGCACGAAGACGCCAAGGAGCUGAAGGACAACCUGGACCGGCGCGAGCGAGCCGUCUACGACAUCCUGGCCAGCUACCUGCCCGAGGACGGCAUGGCCGACUACGAGCACUUUGUCAAGAUGAAGUCGGCGCUCAUCAUCGAGCAGCGCAAGCUGGAGGACAAAAUCAAACUGGGCGAAGAGCAGCUCAAGUGCCUGCUGGACAGUCUGCCCAUCGAGCAGCGCUUGGCCUACUGAGACGCUCGCCGUCAAGUGCACCUCGCGUCCACCGGAGGGCGCCAGAGACUUUCCACUCCCCAGGACGAUGCUGCUUUUUCUUGGCACUUGUGCCGAACGCAGUGAAACCAUUUUACAACCCAGAAGACCGCAAUCCACGAAAAUCAGCAUUAUAGAGAGACCACAUACGAGGCUUCCAUUUUAAUGCCUCAUAAAAUAAGACGGAACGAAACAUUGCACGGCGGUGCCUUGAGAUACAAGUGACCCAGUUUAUGAGAUACAACCUGUCGUUUGGGAAAUAUUUUUGCUUUGAAUUGCGAGCAAACAUUUCAGAUAGUUGUUAAAUUCCAUUCCCUAUUAUACUAAACAUCAAACCAAUAGAAUUUAUUUAAAAGAACCACACAGCUUUGCCUUCCGCCACUUUAAUGCUAACACAUAAUGUAAAACAACAAAUUACAGCAGUCAUUUACAGUGCA